AUUCAGCGAGAGCCGUAACGCGCUUGACAGUUAGAGCGCAUUUUUCCCUCACCUUCUCAGAAAAUUCCUCUUUUUCUCACGCUCAUUUUCUCGGCCUUCUUUCUUCUUCUCAGCGUCCGACUCUGCAGAGAAAGAAGAACGCAGAGAAGAAGAAGAAGAGGAGGAGGAGCAAACUGCGUAGAGCUUUAGGUAGACGCUGAUAAUGGAGUACCAAGCUUCCUCUGCUACUCUCUCCAAGAGACUCUCCAGCGGCCAUAGAUUGAGCUCAAAAUCAGGGUACGACGGCGUUCUCUCUGCUCCGUCGUCGAAGUUGAGGGCUCCGAGCUUUUCGUCUCGGGUUGUUCAAGACUACGGCGAGAUAUUCGGUGGCUCCGAAGCCUCGCGAGCCUCCUCGAUUCCGUUUCUCGACGUUCCGGCGCCGAAUGGACGAAACAUUUCGGUUGACGUUCGGAGCUCGAAGCUAGAUUACUCGACGGUUUUCGGUGGCUUUGGAGGAUUAGAUUUUGCGGUAUCUUACGAGGAGCUCGUUUCUGAGCCAAAGAAAAGGAAUGGUUUUUCGGAGAAAGCGCGUAGGAGUCCACGUGAAAGAGCAACCCCUUUGGAAGGAGCAGAUCCUUCUGAUUGUCAAGAAAAGAAUCAGAUGUAUUCACAUGAAGCAACUUAUGAGUCAUUUGAUGGCGUGAAGAAGUUCAGCAUGUCAUACAAUAAAAUCAAUCAAGGAGGCAAAAAUGGAACCAAUGGGACAACCCACAUAGCUCAGCUUCAUGCUGUUCCUGGUUAUACGUGUUUAAUUGAUGAAAUCACUCCAUUGCACAUGACCAGCAGCAACAAACCAGUAUCUUCUGCAGUAAAUGAUGCUUAUCAUACCAAAAAGCUCAGUGAAGGGGUAACUGAAGGCGUGUGCUCCACUGAAGUUGUGAAAGAUCUUCCUGCUGGUGGUGCUAGCAAAAAAAAGUCUAAAAGUGGUGUUGCACUUCAAAAUAAAUCUGAUUACUGUGGGUCUGAUUCAAUUGAUAUGUUGUUUGGUGCAUAUGAAUCUGCCCAUGGACAUUCUAAGAAAGUCUCGCCAUCUUCAAGCCCACUGCCCAACUUACAUAAUACCAAGAGUGAUUCUGAGAGUUCAGCGGCCUCUAAGUUUGGGGUUUCUGGAAUUGAUUAUGAAGGUGCUGGACGUGCUUCUUCACCAUCAUACUUUGAUGAGGAAGUAGAUGUAAAUUCAUAUGCUGCUGCCUCUGUGGCUGCUUUGAAAAAGGCGAUAGAGGAGGCUCAAGCAAGUAUGAAAAUUGUAAAAGAAUCAAUGGCCAGAAAGAAGGAAGGCCUUCAAAAUCGUGUGAAGUUGAGCUCUAAUCAUGGCCAGAAAGAUAAACAGAGAAGGGAGGGUAAAGUAACAGACAAAACAAACAAAUCCAAAGGAAAGAAGGAGAUGGAGAUGUAUAAAAAGGAGGAUGCUCCAUUGAAAGUUUCUGCUGGUACGAGAGAGCAGAAUGGGAUGAGAGAAGGCCACCUAACUCCAGACUUUGGAGUCAGGGAGAAAUCUUUUGGCACUAAAGCAGCUUUAGGAGAAACUUGUGAGAGGGAAUUGAAAUCAACUCAAGCAGAUCAUAGGCAGGAGGCAGCAAAAGUGCGGGAUGCAGUGGAACCGUUCUAUGGACUUGCCAAGAGAGGUAAACACAAAGUAAAAAUGUCAGAGUUUGAGCAGGCAGACAAUAUAAAGAAAGAAGUCUUUGAGAAGCCAGAAGAAUGUAGGGAGAGAUCAAAUACAGUUAAAGAGGCUCAUAAGAAGGAUGAGAUCGAGAGGAAAAUACAUGUGGUUAAAGGAGCAGUUGAAAGUGAAGAACAUGAAGGCGAAUUAAAAUCAGCUCAACGGGUUCAUGAUCAGGAAGAAAAUGAGAAGAAAUUAGAAGUUGUUCAGGAGCAGGAAGACUCUGAGAAGAAAGUACAGGAAAUAUGUGAAGAGAAACUAAGAGAUUUUCAGGAACCAGUAAGUUAUGAGGGAAACAUUGAGACCCAAGAGUUUGAGGAAAAUGAGGACAUGAAGGGGCAGAUGGAGGCUCAGGAGCGGGGAGAAAAUGAGAAGAAAGUAAAAGAGACGUGUGAGGAGGAAGACACUAAGAGGGAACAAGAGGAUGUGCACUAUGGGAAAGAAACCGAAAAGAGGUUAGACAAAGUUCAUGAGCAUCCAAGAAUUGAGAUGAGAUUUGAUGACUUCCAUGAGGAGGAAGAAAAUGGGAAGAGUCUUAAAGAGAAUGGUGAGUUGGAAGGAAAUGAGAAGCUUCAAGAGGCUGGAGAAAAUGAGAGGUUACUUAAAGGGUCUGCUUAUCAGAUUGAAGAAAAAGAGAAGAGACAAAAGGAGACUUGCGAAUCGAUAGAAGCUGAGAAAACACAAAUCGAGAUUGAUCACAGUGCAGAAGAUGAGAAGAAAUUUGAAGUGGUCCAAGAAGCUCUUAAUUACAACAAUCUUGAGACAGCUGAUGAUCAAUGUAAGCAGGACAAAAGUGAGAACCCAAACAAACAUCAAGAAGCCAGUAGACAUAUAGAAAAUGAUGAAGAUGUGGAAUUAAUUUUAGAGGUAGCUGCACAUGAAAAGAAUGGCAGUACAAUUGAAGUAAAUAAGGAUUCCAUUAAACAGGAGGAGAGUGGAGAAGAGUUGGAACCAGUUAGAGAUGAAAAGACGGUGACAGUGGCUGAAGAAGCACUUUAUCAUGAGAACAAUCUUGAUGCCACUGAUGAUAGAGGUAAGCAGGAUGAAAGGGAGAGCCUAAGUGAAAAUCAGGCAUCCAAUAGACAUAUAGAAAAUGAAGAAGAUGUGGAAUUAAUUUUAGAGGUAGCUGCACAUGAAAAGAAUGGCAGUACAAUUGAAGUAAAUAAGGAUUCCAUUAAACAGGAGGAGAGUGGAGAAGAGUUGGAACCAGUUAGAGAUGAAAAGACGGUGACAGUGGCUGAAGAAGCUCUUUAUCAUGAGAACAAUCUUGAUGCCACUGGUGAUAGAGGUAAGCAGGACGAAAGGGAGAGCCUAGGUGAAAAUCAGGCAGCCAGUAGACAUAAAGAAAAUGAUGAAGAUGUGGAAUUAAUUUUAGAGUUAGCUGCCCAUGAAGAGAAUGGGAGUACAAUUGAGGUAAAUAAGGCUUCCGUUGAACAGGAGGAGAAUGGAAUAGAGUUGGAAACAGUUAAAGAUGAAAAGAUGGUGAAAGUGGUCAAAGAAGCUCUUUAUCACGAAAACAAUAUUGAGACCAUUGAUGAUGGAUGUAAGCAGGAUGAAAGGGAGAACCUAAGCGAAAGUCAAGAAUCCAGUAGACAUGUAGAAAACGAUAAAUAUGUGGAAGUAACUCAAGAGGUAUCUUCCCAUGUAGAGAAAAGGAGUACAAUGAAAGUAAAUACAGCUUCCUUUGAACGCAAAGAGAAUCAGCAAGAAUCAGAAGCAGUUAAAUAUACAAUAGAAACCAUUGCUUUUGACUCAGAUGGGGUAAAUUCCGUUGAAACUGAAAUGAGCUUCGGGCAAAAGCAAAAUGAACAACAUGCAGAAGAACACGAAGAAGUGUGCAAUCUGGGAAGGGACAUUGAAGAAUUGGAUUCUGAACUGGGGAAAAUCUAUGAGAACAUCAAGGAAGUUGAAGUUGCUGCAGAUCAGGAAGAAGACUGGAAGAACUCAGAGUCCUUUCACAAGGAAAGAUGGGUUGAUGAUGGAAACAAGGUGAAAGCAACUCAGCUUCCUAGCAUGUUUGAAGGGGAAGGUAAAAGUGUGGAAACAGCUCAGGAGAUCAAAAUAACCCAGACUGCAGAAAAACAUGAGGAGAAUCAUCAAUCAAACAUGACAAUUGAAGAGAAGGAAAGCAAUGAUACUCUGCAAAAGGAAGUGGAGUUGGAAAAGCAACAGUUUAAAAAAAUAGACGAAGUGAAGAAGAGGGAAAGGGAAAGAGAAAGAGAGAAGAUGGUUGUUGAAAGAGCUAUCCGUGAAGCUCGUGAAAGAGCAUUUGCUGAAGCCCGAGAAAGAGCAGAAAGGGCUGCUGCUGAGAGAGCCUCUGCUGAAGCUCGUCGAAGGGGAAUGGCAGAGGCUCGAGAAAAGUUGGGGAAGAAUUCUGCAGAGGCUAAUGAAAAGUUGUCAGCCGAGAAGACUGCUAUGGAAGCCAAACUUAAAGCUGAACGUGCUGCUGUAGAGAGAGCAACAGCAGAGGCUCGAGAGCGUGCCCUAGAAAGAGCAAUGUCUGAGAAAUUUUCUGGUGCUUCCAGAGAUGAUGGAAGGAGGCAGAGCUUUUCGACCCAUGAUCCACAGCAUAAGGGCUCAGGUCCUCCCAGCAAUUCAACUUACCCCAAUUCUUCAAGUCCCGGUGCUCCCCACUCUACUGAGAGAUUUGAUGGAGCUAAUGGGGAAUCAACUCAGAGGAAUAAAGCUAUAUCUGAGAGGCAUGAAAGAAUAGUAGAGCGUGCGGCUAAAGCUCUUGCAGAGAAGAAUAAGCGUGAUUUUCUUGCACAGAAGGAGCAAGCAGAGAGAAAUAGAUUGGCAGAAGCACUUGAUGCUGAUGUUAAAAGGUGGUCAAGCGGGAAGGAAGGGAACUUGAGGGCACUGCUUUCGACGCUACAAUAUAUCCUUGGGCCUGAUAGUGGUUGGCAGUCAGUUCCUCUAACAGAUGUUAUUACGACCAGUGCUGUAAAGAAAGCUUACCGCAAAGCUACUCUUUUUGUUCAUCCUGACAAGUUGCAGCAGCGGGGUGCAAGCAUUCAGCAAAAGUACACUUGUGAAAAGGUUUUUGAUCUUCUAAAGGAGGCUUGGAACAGAUUCAACGCUGAAGAACGGUAGAUAAUUUUUUUGUAUUUAUCUCAUAACCAAGUAAUACAGUUAAAAAACCACUUGUAGGCAAUUUCUCUCAUUUGUGCAAAUUCUGCACACAAGUUGUAACUCCAUGAAAUAGCAUCAAAUGAGAAGUCAUUUUGAGGAAAAA